UAUUCUUGUUGCUAUGGGUACCGAUGUAACGCGGUAACCAAGGGGACCAAGGCGGAAGCUCCAGGCGGCGUUGGCAGCACCUGCUGCAGGAAGGGUCGCAGAAGUCUUCUGAAGCGGUGAUAAUCUUAAGACAACAUUCAGAGACAAACAAUCAUGAACACCAAAGAUUUUGUAGUUAUACCCUGGGGAAAACCUGGAAAUUCUGUAAAAUUAAAAUAUAAACAUGCUCAGGAACUUCAAAUGGAGAAAAUCCAGCUAGAGCUAGAGAACCAAAAGAUGGAACAGAUGUUACGAGAUUUCCAGUCCACAUGGAAAAAGGGAAAGGAAGAAAUUAAGCCAAGUGGAUAUCACUGGAAAUCUGGAAGUGUGGGCAAAUUGGGUAACAAGUCACAUAUAACAUCACAAAGCAAAGGGAAUGGUACUAAGCUCCCUGCUGGAAAUGUGAAAUUAAAGUUACUAAAGGAACAAAGUCAAGAACCAGCAAAACAAACAGUUAAUUACAAAAUGGCUCAUUCUCUUGGAAGUGAAAAACCCAAGAACAAAAAGAAAGUUUGUGGACAGUGUGAGAGCAAAGCUGCUCUCCUUGUAUGCCUGGAAUGUGGUGAAGAUUAUUGCUCAGGGUGCUUUGCUAAAAUGCACCAGAAGGGGGCACUGAAGUUCCACAGAACAACUCUUUUACAGGCAAAGUCUCAAAUCUUAUCCAAUGUGUUAGAUGUUGCUCAUCGAUUUAUAAAAGAAGCAAAUCCACCCAAUGAAGGGAAUACUUCUGCUGAAACAGCCACUGAAAGUCAUCAGAAACCCAAAGCCCCACUUCUUCAGGAGAAGAGCUCUGAGGUAGAAACGACAGCCCCAGAAGGAGAAGAAGGUACAACUCCAAGGUGCAAGCCCUUGUGUGAAAUGCCUUUUGAUGAAGAAGCAUCUGCCCAGUCCUUCCAGGAAGCCUUAAUUCAAUGGCGAGCUGGACACCAGGAGGAAAACACACAGCAGAACUCACAUGGGACAAAGCCAGUGUUCAUUUUUAUAGACUCGGUGGAAGAAUGUGAAGUACAAACUAAUUUGAAAAUUUGGUCUGAACCAAUUAAUAUUGAGUUUACAGAAGAUAGUCUAUCAUACAUGGAAAAAUUAUGGCUUAAAAAAUACAGAAGAACUCCACAGGAGCAACUUCGGAACAUACUAUCAAAUACGGUCCCACAUUCCUGUGAAGCUACUAUGGAGGAACAGUGCUCUCACAAUGAAAGUGAUGCUGAUAGUGAUGUUGAAGAGAUUAAAGUACAAUGUCCACCUCUUUUUAUGCCAGUAGAAAAAGUGAAUAUAGAGAGACCUCCGCCAUCUCUAACAAUAGUUGAAUUGGAUGGUACUCACGAAGCAGAAUUGGAAGAACCAGGGAAUGCUGUGCCUUACAAAGUUCAACUAGCUAAUGCAGAGAGUCAAUUAAGUUCUACACUUCCUGAUUAUCAGAAUAGUUUUCCAUGUGAAAAUGGCAUCCAUCAACAUCUUGUUUUCAGCAAGGGAAAAACAGACCUCUUAAAUCUCUGUUUGACAACUCCUUCUACAUACCACAUCGAUGAAUUAAAAGGCUCUUCAAAUACAGAUUUUGGCAAUAGUGUGGAGUCUGAUAUUUAUUCUCAUGGAUUCAAACAGAUAGGAGAAACCAGCUCUUUUGAACAAAAUAUAAGAGAAAAAAAUAUAGAUCCAGGAAACAACCAAAAUUCUGGUGAUUACUGUGUGUCACUGUGGAGCAAGGGUUCCUUGCCAACUGCAGAUUUAGAUACAUCUUUCCUGAAGGAGAAUUCAUCUCAAGACACCAGCACGUCCUUGGAAUGCAGCAAUCCAAAUGAGAGACCACACUUGGAAGAUUCAAAAACUACAAAGUCACCUCUGCUGUUACAAGACAUAACCCUCAAAAAAAGACCUGUAAAUGAACGGUAUCAAGGACUAGAGAAGUUCUUUACCCUUGAUAAGAAUGAAAGACUCAACUCUGCUCCAUCACCAAACCUAGGAGGCAGCCAUUCCUGUUCCAGGAUAACAUUCACAGGCCAGAAAUCACAGAGACCUUCAACAGCGAACUUCCCUGUGUCCAGCUCUGCUCGAAGAGGCUCCAGCUGCCCUUUGUCCUCUUCUCCCCGGUCAAGGAGUGCAGCUGCUCAUUCCCUAUCCAGAGCUGCUUCCGAAAUCUCAGAAAUUGAGUACAUUGAUGUCACUUACCAGAACGAGCCUCUCUUAGAUUACACGGCAGAUCAACAGGCUUUAGACAGUUUGGAGAAAGAAUUGAAUGUGCUAAGAAAACUCUCAGAACCUUCAGAAAAACUUCAGAGUCUACCCUCAGAAGAGUUAUGGACCUUCACCCACCAUUCUCUGAAUGUCUGUCAGAUGUCUGAAGACCUGGAGAUGUCUUGUGAUAGUGAACCCUGUGAAAUUGAGAUCAGCUCUUCUGGGAGAAAUACUGAAAUGCAGUCUUUGCUGUCACUUGGUGAUUACAGUACGGAUGAAGAAGAGGAAGAUUUUCUUGACAAGCAACAUGUCUCUUCAUUGCCAUGGGCAAAGAAUGUAUAGCAGUUCAUUACUUCUCCAGUUUGCACCCGGAAUAAAAAAAACACUGAGUGAUUAACUUUUCCAGUUGGUGCAGAUUAUUAGUGUCUCUGGUGUUUGAAAACUAGUAAGGGUUAGUAAUGUUAAGAGCUUAUGAUCCAUUUCUUCCAAGAUGUCAUAUUGUACUUCAAAUACUCAUCUAUAUUAUAGAUGACACUGUAAUGGAUAAAUUUAUGUCAGUGAAACUUAUCAUAGCAUAGAACACUAUUAUGUUUAAGCUAAUUAAUGAUUGGCAUUUAAUUAUAUUUGAUAAUUAUCUCAAAAAGUAUAUUCUCUAUGUUUAUGUUGUCACAGCAUUAUCCAUUGAGAUGAAAAUUACGGUGCUUUUAUUUGUGAUUUUUUUGACACUAAAUAAUGGCAAUUUCUAAACGCCCUUUAAAUGGAUACUUAUAAAGUUGAUGCAAAGGGGAAAAAUAAGAUCUAAAAUAAAGUGGCUAUAAUAUU